AUCCACUCCUCCACACACGGAAAUCAACAUUGGUGAGUUAUUUUGUUUAAGAAGAAUCUUUUAAAAGCCAAAUUAAGUUCUCCCUUUACACUGAAAUGACUAGACGGUGGCCCGUCCACCUCCAGCAAUAUGUCAUUAUGUAUUAUUAUCAAUCAAUUAUUAGCAUUCGUAUUUUUUUUAAAGAAUGGAGAAGACAAGCUGCAAUUACAGCCAAUAAAAUAAUGAGUAAGAAACAUGAUUUGGGCAUAGAACAGAUCCUACAUUAAUUUGUACAGUGUUAUAUGUGAGGCAUGUAUGCACAGUGUGUGUUAUAACUAUAUUUCUGCAGUCACCGAAACACUAUGUUUGAUACCUGAAAGCUGUCACUGUAGAGCUCUCAGCUAUUGUCUUGCUUAUUAUAUUAAUAAUAUAUUAAAUAUUUCUCAUAUUAUAUUAGAACUAUUAUAUUAUUAUUAUUAUCAUCAUUUGUUCUUUUAACUGCAAAAUAUUUGAUCCAGACCUUUUAAGUAUAAAAGUGUUUUAAUUGUGUUGUCAUUUGAAGCUCCACUUCAGAGCAGCUAAUGCUUGAUGGGCACAGCCUUCCGUCUCAAAUGCAUAUCACCCAUGUAGAUGAAUACAUCGAUUUGCACAGCAUUCAAUCAUAUGAGACUUAUUAAUAUGUUUUUCCAUCUACCACAGGUUCAAGCAAUAACCAUGGAGUAUGAGGAUAAUUAUGAUGAUUAUGAGGAUAAAAAAUACUUGGAUAUGCUUAACAACAGCGAAAACGCAAGCUAUCAAUCUUGCGAUGGCGGGCUCGUCCAACACUGCUUUUCAGCAAACGUCAACAAAUUUGCGGCCAUCACUCCUUAUUUCUACUACAUCAACUUCCUCCUGAGUUACUUAGGCAACUGGCUUGUUUUGUUCAUCAUCGUCAAGCUUGAGAAGGUCAACAGCGUCACCAACAUCUUCCUCAUCAAUCUGGUCACCUCCAACAUCCUGUUUGCAUCCAGCUUCCCCUUCCUGGCCAAAUACCAUUCCUCAGAGUGGAUCUUCGGCACGGUGCUUUGCAAGUUGGUCAGCAGUGCCCAUCUGAUUGGUUUCUACAGUUCCAUCCUCUUCCUCACCCUGAUGACCUUUGACCGCUACCUGGCCGUGGUGCACGCGGUGUCCGCUGCCAAGAGCAGGAAGAGGGCGUACGCCAUCGGGGCGUCGUUGAUCGUUUGGUUCAUCAGUGUGCUGGCCAGUCUCAAUGAGCUGGUGUUCAAAGGCGUGUGGAAGCACAGCAAGCACGGCCUGAUGUGUGAGGAGACAGGAUACCACGCCGACGUCGUCGAACAGUGGAAUCUGGUCAGCUACUACAUGCAGUUCCUCCUCUUCUUCCUGCUGCCCCUCUUCAUGGUGAUGUACUGCUACACCUGCAUCACCGUGCGGAUCAUGUCCACUCGCAUGAGGGAGAAAUGGCGCUCGGUGAAGCUGAUAUUCAUCAUCAUGAUCACCUUCUUCGUUUGCUGGACUCCCUAUAACAUCGUGAUCCUGCUGAAGGCCAUUCAGAUCUCCACAACCGACGAUGCAAACCGGAAGUGCGAUCAGGUCGAGGCGUUGAACUAUGCGUUGUACGUGACCAGAAACAUAGCGUUCUUGUAUUGUUGCAUCAGCCCCAUGUUCUAUUCCUUUGUGGGUAAGCGGUUACAGAGUCACUUCAGGAAGCUGUUGUUGAAGAACAUGCCUUGUCUGGCACGUCAUUUCAGACCCGCUAGUCUGAGCAGCAAGUCCACCGCACAAAGGACGUCCCACACAAACGACUUAUAACAUGUGGGAGACAAUUUACUUUGUUUGAAUUGGAUAAUUGGAUGGGAAAACAGGAAAUUUGAUUUGUUUUGUCAGUUUUACAUUUAAAUGUAGUCAUUUAGCAUAUACCUUGUAAAUAAAUAUCUAAUAAUUAAUUGCAAUUAUGUAGCCCUCUCUUUUAAGGCACUCAAAGCGCUUUAAUCAGUUCGUUUUUUUAUUAAUAAUAAAUAAUAAUAAUACAUAUUAUUUUUAGAGCACUUUACAUUCGAAAAUCUCAAAGUGCUACAGAGAUAAAAAAAGAAAGAAAAAGGUUGUUGAAACAUAUACAGUAAAAGACAAAUUAGCUAAAGGCUGUUUUAAAAAGACUCAAGGUUUCGUUUAAAAGCAGCUGUAGUCUGUGGGGCCUUCAGGUGGUCAGGGAGGGCGUUCCAUAGUCUUGGAGCAGCAGCGGAGAAAGCCCGAUCGCCCAGGGUGCGGAGGUUGGUCUUAGGUGGUCUGAGGGUGUGUGUUGAUGCACAGUGAAGGGCAUGGGCGUCAGUUUGGUUUGAAAUGUGCUGGGGACAGAGACGCAUUCGGAAGUACAUUUUCAGAAGUGCUGGGUACAAUGAGGAUGCACUCUUUUUUCUCUCUAUAGUGUCGGUAAUGAAAGGUUCUGAAAGACGGCGUACCGAUGUAGCUAAUUACAAAUGAAUAAAAUGUAUACAAAAUCUGUCUGGCACGUUUAAUGAAGAAAACGUUUCCAAAAAGCAUCGGACAUAUGACCCACUAUGUUCUGCUCCAUGUAUCAAAUGUGGACGUGACAUGAUAUGGCUAAGCUAACAGCUACUAUUUACAGACAUAAUGCAGAUAAAUACUGUCCCAUAGACAAAACAGCUCCAUGUGUUUGUGAUUGUAUCUGUGUACGUGUAAGAGGGACACAGAGAGAGAAGAGUCAAGAAUCAAGUAUUUAUUUUAGACAAAAAUCCAAGUAUUAUUUGAAUUUUUUUUUUUUUUUAUUAAUUAAAGAUCGAUCCAGACAUUUUUGGAUCGAUAUCGUGCUUUUUGAGCAUGAAUCGAUAUCGGAUCGCGGAUCU